AUGAGUUCUUCACCACAAUCAGCUGAAACUCUAGCUUAUGGUACUCCCACCACCAAUGUUUCUGCACCUGGAGUUACCACUGUUUCAGGAGUGAUUGACUCUACUCACCCUUACUACCUUCACCCUUCUGACUCUCCAGGGAUGAACCUUGUAUCCUCAUAUUUUGAUGGAAAAGGAUAUGGAGGUUGGAGAAGGGCAGUUAUCAUUGCCUUGUCUGCAAAGAAUAAACUGGGAUUUAUUGAUGGUUCUCUUAUCUCUCCAAAAACUGAUUCUGCAAUCCAGCAAGCCUGGGAAAGAUGUAAUAAUAUAGUACUCUCAUGGCUACUCAACUCCUUGUCCAAAGAGAUAGCUGAGAGUGUUCUCUUUUCACAGAGUGCAAAUGAUCUAUGGAGUGAUCUGGAAGACAGAUUUGGCCAGGCAAAUAGAGCAAAGUUAUUCCAAUUACAAAAGGAAUUAAGUUCAGUAGUACAUGGAAAUUCAAGUGUAUCAACUUACUUCACCAAAAUGAAGAGCCUAUGGGAUGAACUAGAUGCACUCAACACUUUUUCUGUUUGUGUUUGUGAGUGUGAGUGUUGGGCAAAAGUGAAGAGCUUGAAGGCACAUCAAGAUGAGAGACUACUACAGUUCCUAAUAGGACUGAAUGACAUAUUUAUUGGGAGGGAGAUACAUGCUACCCCUGCAUACCCAGGGGAAUCUGCCUCAUUCAUUGCUACAAACCAAUCAGGAAACUUCAGGAAGUUUAAUGAAAACAGGAUGCAGAAAACAAGUUUUGAAUUUAAGAAAAAUGCAGGAAUUUGUUCCUAUUGCAAAAAGCAUGGACAUAGCAUAAACAAGUGCUAUAGGAUUCAUGGGUUUCUAGCUGACUUCAAGUUCACAAGGCAGAAAAGGUUUCAGGUAGGUACCGAGGCAAACAAUGCUUUCCUCUCAAAUGAGGAUAGUGAACAUGGAGCAGAAAAUACUAUAGGAGUUCAAAAUCUCACCAAGGAAAAUGUGGCUGAGCUGCUGCAGCUUCUUCAGCAAAUGAAAAUGGGACAAAACAGUGCAGGAACCUCUAAUGCUGCAGCAAAAGUGAUCUGUGCUGGUAUGACCAAUUUCUCUGAAGAUAUUACCUAUUUGAAUCAAAUCAGUAAUGAUUCUUGGAUAUUAGAUAGUGGAGCAACAAAACAUAUGUCUUUCAACAAAGAAUUUUUCACAAAUUUAAAAACCUUGCCAAAACCUCUCAUGGUCAAACUCCCUAACUCUUACAGAGUUAAAGUCACUCAUUCAGGAACUGUGCGCCUUUUGCCUAAUCUGUUUCUGCAGAAUGUUCUUUAUAUUCCAUCUUUUAAAUCUGUUGUUUGUGCACAAGUUGUGCGAACAACUCAAGCAAUAUGUUUUAUUCACUCCCUUUUCUUGUUUUCUUCUACAGGGCCCUUCAAUGAAGAGUCUACUGGAGAUUGGUAA